GUUUGGACAACGACAAAGAAGGAAUGUUGGUAGUCACAAAAAGGUGCUUGCCGGAGCCAACGCGCAGAAAGUGACUUGGCAUAUUAAAUAAUAAGAACAUCCUACGUGGGAACCUCGGCGGUUCUAUAUCCAAGUCUGCCUACACCGUCGACCGAUUUUACGAAUAGUUCAGAUACCCAGCAGAUUGACUCAAGAUGAGCCCGUCUGCGGUUGACGUCGACGUCAAAGGCGUCACCGACACUACUGCCCUCGUCGCCCCAGACCCAACCACCAUCAACGCGCUCGCUGCAUGGCGCAUCAAAGGCGCGGUCCCUACGGGGACUGCUGCAUUAUCGAACAGCGAUAUGUUCAAGAGCCCCGCGUGCUUCACUAAACCAAAAGCGAAACGAUGGGAUCACAUUAUCUCCAACGAAGCUAAAGCUCGUAAGCCCUCAACACUUAAAGGCGCCGCCGAGUAUCUCAAGAGGCCCGGAAUGAUUUCGUUGGGCGGUGGCCUGCCGUCGAGUGAGAAUUUUCCAUUCGAAGAGAUUAGCAUGAAGAUUCCUAGUCCACCAGGCUUUUCAGAAGAGGAGACUAGGGUUUCUGGCAGGACGGUGACGGCACACAAACAUGAUAUUCGAGAGGGAAGGAGCUUGUUUGAUUUGGAAGUUGCACUUAAUUACGGCCAAGCGACGGGCUUUGCUCAAUUGCUGCGCUUCGUCACAGAACACACAGAGAUUGUGCACACUCCCCCAUAUGCCGAUUGGCAGUGUUGUCUGACUGUGGGAAGCACAUACUCGUGGGAUUCCGCCUUGAGAGUGCUAUGCGAGCGGGGAGAUUAUAUACUUACCGAGGAAUAUUCUUUCGCCAGUGCAUUGGAGACAGCUCAGCCACUGGGCAUCCGAGCCGCAGCAGUGGGAAUGGACGAACAAGGGCUUCGCGCUGACGCCUUGGAUGAAGUUCUCACUAACUGGGACUCAAAAGCCCGGGGCGCUCGCAAGCCUCAUCUUCUCUAUACCGUCCCUUCCGGGCAGAACCCGACGGGAGCAACGCAAAGCGCUCAUCGACGCGCUGAGGUAUAUAAGGUUUGCCAGAAACAUGACGUUUACAUCGUGGAGGACGAGCCGUAUUAUUUCCUGCAAAUGCAACCUUAUAAGGCUGGAGUGCCACCUCCAUCUAGCCGUGAUGAGUUUCUCAAGAUCCUGUUACCUUCAUUUCUCAAACUUGACGUUGACGGACGAGUCUUGCGAUUGGACUCGUUCUCCAAAGUCCUUGCUCCCGGGUCGCGGGUGAGUUGGAUUGUUGCAUCAGAGCAGCUGGUCGAGCGGUUCACCCGCCAUUUUGAAUGCUCUGUGCAGAACGCGAGCGGAGUGGCACAGAUUGCACUCUUCAAGCUCCUUGACGAAGAAUGGGGCCACGCUGGAUAUCUCGACUGGCUGAUCCACCUGCGUCUCUCGUACACGCGUCGUCGAGACGAUAUGCUCCAUGCAUGCGAGCAAUACCUGCCCAAGGAAGUCACCAGCUGGGUGGCGCCCACAGCGGGCAUGUUUCAUUGGAUCGAAGUUGCGUGGCGGAAACACCCCGGGUUUGCGAAGGGAUUGUCGCACGCCGAAAUCGAGGAGUCCAUAUUCAAGGCGUCUAUCGACCGGGGCUCGCUCCUCUGCCAGGGAAGCUGGUUCCGUGCGGAUACGAACAUUCCAGAGGACAAGAUGUUCUUCCGGGCAACGUAUGCAGCAGCCCCAGCGAACAAGAUUCAAGAGGCGAUCAAGAGGUUUUCGGAUGCGCUACGGGCGGAGUUUGCACUGUAAACCCGAUUGACAUGAGCAUUAUACCCUUCGUUUUGGCUUUGAUCGUAGGGGAGCCACGAUGAACAGAAUGGUCGACUGCAGUGCGGAGUUCUCUGGUGGUAGAACUGCUUGUAUAUAGGACACACAGGAUAAUCAAUUGAUAUAUUGCCAUCGUCUUGAUUGUAUUGAGCAUCUUGCCUUGACAGCAAACGGCUGAGCUGACCGCCCGGCAGAAAGGCGGGAUAAUUUCCGGGUGUCUUGGCAGGG